GUGGCUCGCAGCAUCCAGCGCGUUAUCAUUCCCGCUCCCGGAGAAAAGCCCACUGGAGUCCGCGAGGAAGGGGAUUCCUGGAGCCAAGGACUUUCUUUAUGACACGCGCGGCCGCGCUUGCAACAAGUAUGUGACUUCUGGAGGGAGAAAAGAGCACAUCCUGUCUCUUAAACCAAUAAGAGCGCAGAGCCCAGCCCCUCUACGUAGCCCACACCCUUGAGUUUAUUUAGUUUCAGCACCAGUGAGCAAAACUCUGCUGCCGAGUUAUUCCAGCCUUUCCCUCUCGCGCGCGCACGGGGCUCAGCGAUGGAGCUCCUUUUCUCCCCUCCGUCAAAGGUUACCACCAAAUCUACGCGAUAUCGCUAAGAAGAAAUUUAUUUUUCAAGAUAUUUUUGGCAGCCCUCCACGAACCUGUCUGCGCGUGACGCAGGAGGAGACUACUUAAAGGGGGAUUAGCUCUAGCAAAGACAUUAAAUCCAGCCCUCCCGGCAGCCAGACACCGCGCGACCUAUCAACCUGAUCUGAAGAUCGAAAAUAGGAGGGCUCAUAUUAAUCAGCACUUCGGACUCCAAGAAGAGCAGAAGUGGGAUCGGCGAGAGAUCCUCUGGCAUUGUGCGCUGUGGCGGCGCAGGAGGGGGAGAAGGCUUGGUGAUCAAUGCGUUUGGCAGAUAAAAUCGGGCCCUCUGGAGAGUAGACGAGGGAGAUACUACCGGGUUUUUUGUUUUUUCCCGUGGAAGUCGUGCAGAGGGCUGGGUGCGCGCUCUCGUCUCCGGAUGAACAGAAAUGGGGGAAUGGACCAUACUAGAGAGGCUCCUGGAGGCUGCUGUCCAGCAGCACUCUACUAUGAUAGGAAGGAUCCUACUAACUGUGGUGGUGAUCUUCCGGAUCCUAAUCGUAGCCAUAGUUGGAGAGACAGUUUAUGAUGAUGAGCAAACCAUGUUCAUCUGUAACGCCUUACAGCCGGGCUGUAACCAGGCGUGCUACGACAAGGCUUUCCCCAUCUCGCACAUCAGGUACUGGGUGUUCCAGAUCAUAAUGGUCUGCACCCCGAGCCUGUGCUUCAUCACCUACUCGGUCCACCAGUCCGCCAAGCAGCGGGAGAGACGCUACUCCACCGUCUUCCUCACGGUGGACAGCAAGGACCAAGACUCGAUGAAGCACGACGACAGCAAGAAGAUCAAGAACACCAUCGUGAACGGAGUACUGCAGAACACGGAGAACUCCACCAAAGAAGCCGAGCCCGACUGCCUGGAGGUCAAAGAGAUCCCCAACGCGACCAUGAGGACUGCCAAGUCCAAAAUGAGGCGGCAGGAGGGCAUCUCGAGGUUUUACAUCAUCCAGGUGGUUUUCAGAAACGCCCUGGAGAUCGGUUUCCUGGUGGGCCAGUAUUUCUUGUACGGGUUCAACGUGCCCGCCGUGUACGAGUGCGACCGCUACCCGUGCAUCAAGGAGGUCGAGUGCUACGUGUCCAGACCUACGGAGAAGACGGUCUUCCUCGUGUUCAUGUUCGCCGUCAGCGGCUUCUGCGUGGUGCUCAACCUUGCCGAACUCAACCACCUGGGAUGGAGGAAGAUCAAAACGGCCGUGAGGGGCGUGCAGGCCCGGAGGAAGUCCAUCUACGAGAUCAGGAACAAGGACUUGCCCCGCAUGAGCGUGCCUAAUUUCGGCCGCACUCAGUCCAGUGACUCUGCCUAUGUGUAGGUGAGGGGAGAGAGAGAGAGAGAGAGAGAGAGAGAGAGAGAAAGAAGAGGAAAAGAGAGAGGGAGAGAGAGCGUAGUGAAAAAGUAAGUUCCCCAAGAGGGGUCCCAAAGAUCCAACAUCGGCACAGACGGAGCUCAUUCGCCACCGACGAGCGGGUGAGAUUUGGGUUUGUUUAGGCUUUUUUUCAGGAUGGCUGAAGCGGGUUGGCAAGCGAUGUCUUUUUCUUGCACUGGUGCAACUCUCUCGACCACCUCACUGAAGCGCAGCCCGCUCACCGGGGUCGCGUAUUUACUCUACAGUGGGCUGCUCAGUUGUACUUGAACAGAGUAAAUACGUUUUGCACUAAAAAAAAGAGAAACAGUAAUAAAAGUCAACACCGGGAGCCAAACGCGCCUGUUAUCGGUGUUUUUAACGUUUUUCCGCCGAUUUUCUUUUUGGACACCAUCCUAUUUAGCCAUAUGUUACGCACAGCGGUUGAAAGGAGAAGCUUUAGUGCAGAUUCAUCCAGCCUCGAAAAAUAUAUGGAGUAGGCUGUGGAUUAAACUAGGUUUUAAGAAAUGAAAAAAGACGGAUGGAUUCAGGUAUUAAGGAGCAUCAGGUAAUAAAGGAUAUUAUUUUACCUGCUGAUUUUCAGUCUAAGUGAGAGAGGAAACUGUAAAUAAUCUUAUUAUAAUGAAAUUGAAGAAAAUAUUUAUCAGUCAUUCAGGGAAGACUGUACAAAGCUCUGUCCCUUAUGACCUGAUGUCUAAUAAUACCUGAGCCCACCCUGUAUGAUAGACUUUUUUUGGUUGCCUGUGUUGCACCAUUGACCUUAACGUAAGUCUUCAUUUCAUGGCUGUAGUGAACUUGUGAGCUGAUUCCAGACUGGAUCUGCUGCACAUGUCUGCAAAAUUUCCUUAAUUUAAAAAAACACACACACCAAAGCGCCCACGGCUUUCAUUCGUGAAGUGUUGUUUUUUUCUCUCUUUUGCUUUCAUGUCAUUUAAGUGCCAUACUUGUACAUAAAAAAAUAUAUAGAUAUAUACAUAUAGAUAUAAGAAGAAUCUAUAAUAAUAAUAAUGAUGAUGAUAAGAAUUCUAUGCGUCAUGAAAGAGGAUUCCUUGCUUGGAUUGUGCUGAAAAAUAUCCACCCAGGUUUGCUUUAACUGUAUUCGUUGUGAUUUCAAUGCAAAAGAUGCAAAAGGAUAUAACUGCAUUUUUUUCCUUUUCUCUCUUUUAACUUUGCAUAUGACCGGAAUAAAGACAACGUGCUGGUCUGAUUUUUGUACACUGCUCAGUACUCUUUAUUCACCAGAUUCAAGGAGCUCAAUAACGAUGGCACAAAUAUCUUUUGUAACAGACAAAAUCAAAUCAUGGACAGUGAGAACCUGCUCUGGUGCUACAGUACUGUUUUUUCCACUGUGUGCAAGCCAAGCUAAUGAGAACACAAGCUAUUUUCUUCAGAUUAAGAGUGAAAUGGAGGCACACUGUCAAAAAAAUAUCAAAGCAAAUAAAGCAAAGAUGCAGGGCUUUUGUGUGGAUGUGAGAAAGCACCUCAUAUGCUCUCUGUGACCUGGCGAGCGAGCUGUCCCUUUAAGGCCUUGGCUAUGAAAGAAUAUGUGCUGCAUUAACUGUCAUGUUUUUGUCAGUGUAUCUUUCAUGUAUUUAAAUAAUGUACGUUUCCAUUUAUUCCAAACAUGGUCCAGAAAUAUGUGCACACAUUUUUUAGCAUAGCUUUUUUGCUUUGUUUUUUAGUUUCAUGACUUUUUUCCUCUAUCAAUUCUAAUUCUAAGGUCAUGUAAAGAGCUGCAUGUUUAAGAGAGAAUAUUAGAAAGUAUCUGGAUACUUUUAAGGGAAAGAUGUCAGUCAUAUCAAUCAUAUUUGCCUUGGGAGUUGGUCAUUUCCCCCUCUUUCUGUUCCUGCUUCUGUCCAUCACUUGAAAAAGACUGCAGAAAGGAGUGUCUCUAGCUUUUGGGCUUUUGGGUAGGGUUGUGUGCUCUUCUUCAAGGUCAGAAGAGAGAGAGAGAAAGAGAGAGAGAGAGGAAAAACUAGCGUAAAAGUGCUGAACAGUGUAGCCGCGCUGUGGAUGGUGGCGUGGGGACUGACCAUCCAGGAUGAUGCGGAGGUGGCUUACUGCAGCACCUGCCAGGAUGACUCUGCAAAGCAGGACUGAAGGCGGAGGAGCCGGAGCCUGUCACAUCAAUCUUGGGCUCAGAGGGACCUUCACUGUUUCCAAAACUCAAUCACAAACCAUCUACAAGGAAAAAAAAUCAAGAAAAAGAAAAAACAAAGAAGUGCAACGUCCCUGCUUUGGCUGGCCGGACUGUGCAAUGCAAUAGCCCCUUGUUUUCUCUCCUCCACGUCUGUCUUAUGACCAACAUUCCAAGACUGUAUUUAUCUGGAAUCUGUGAAUCUGUGAGAUUCAUGCAGGACAUCCAUGAUAAACUGUGCAGAAAGCCGAAGGACCUCUAAAUAGAAGGCACUUUCUACUGAGUGUCAUAACUUAAAGGAACAUCAUAGCAGAAAGAUUGUGAAUGUUUAUGAGAUCCAAAAGAAAAAAGCUUUAAUAAAAAAAAAAAACAAAAACAAAAAACAAAAAAACAACAACUCCUCUUCUGAAUGUGAAAAUAUCUGUACAUGACUCAAGUACUGAGGUCUCUCUCUCUCUCUCUCUCGCUCUAUCUCUCUCUCUUGCUCUUUCUCUCUCUCGCUCUCUCUCACUCUCUCUGCAGUAUUCUUUUCCAUGGCUACAUCUAAAUGACAGAUGUAUUGGGUUAUGUAUGGAUGGCAUUUAUGCAUGCUGUGAUGCAUUUUACAUCAUGUGUUGGGAGGCUUGGUUACAUUUGGUUAAAAUGAUUUUGUGGUAUGUUCUACUGUUCUACUGCACCCGUGAAGGAUGGGGCCGAAUUCUAUUUAUCUAUUCAUGAAAUGGUGCACAAAGCAGAAUGCUCGGCACUGCCGAGAGGGCAGGAGCACCCCCCCCUUAACAACAACCCCCACAGAAAUGGACAUUUACUGACUGAAAUCAUUGGUUCGCUUUGCUCUUUCCAAGAGUGGGACUUCAACUGAUUUUUGAAAAUUCAUUCAAGGCAUUCAGAGUGGCUCAAUAUAUAAUAGUCCAUUGUAAAGAAACUCAGGUUUUCUUUAGAGUGGUGGUGAUGGGAACCAAUCACAAAGCCAUUUAUUUACUAUCGAAAUGAAGCUACACCUGUCUUCUGCACUUUUGUAGAAAAAAAAAAAAGAUUUUGUUAGGUAAUAUUUUAUCUUACAAUGCCCUGAGUGAAUUAAAAAAAUACAUUUUAGACACAAAGCUUUUCAUAAAAUCCUCAUAAAACAGCAUCUCAGGCAUCAGGCAGCACAUUUGUUACCAUUUCAUGUCAGCUUUUUGAGGCAUUAAAUGCUCUAAAUGUCUGGUUUCUGUCACCAUCACAGUGAACAAUUCUCUCUGUAAGUUGAUCUAGAAUGGAACAUUUCAUAGCGAACCAAUCUUGAUGACUUUUUUUACAUCUUAAUAAUUGGUGGAGUUCCCCUUAAAGACAAAUAGAUAGCAUGCAUGUAUGCUGUUAUUUUUUUAGAAUAGAAACUAAAUUCUCAGGAGUUCCUUCAAUUUUAUCUUAAAAAACAAACAAGAGAGAAUUUAAGAGGCUAAACUGCUUCCUUAAUUGCAGACACCUUCUACUGGGCAACUGAGUAAUAAGUUAAAAGCUCAUCAUUUGAAAAAAGCAUCAAAUAAGAAAGUGUAUGGUGCUGAGUGUGAGCUGUGUAGGUUUCCCUUUUUGAUCUAAAGGGCCUUACACACACAUAAAGCACUGUAUAGCAUUAAACUGUCCCUUUUCUAACCAGCCAAGCCUCCAGUCCUUUACAUUUUUAACCGAGUGUAGCUACAUCUGUAUAAAUGUAAAGUGAAUGAAUUUCAGUUGAUGAAGUGCAGUGAAUUAAAUCCGAUUUCUCACACAGCAGAACAUA